GAUACCCUCACACACAAAGAAGACCAAUAAGAACAAUGUUGUCUGGUUUGGAGCUGCAAAUAAUCAUCUUCCUUUUUUUUUUAGAUAUUUGAAACUGGAGCAUUCUUCAAGACUUUGUGAGCAUUAUUCACACUAACAAAUUGAUGGAAUUUGAAACAACAGCAGUACUUGGAAGUUAUUAAUUGGAUUCUACAUCACCGUGGCGACUGUAGCCAGGAUCUAAAUCACUUAUUGCCGUGGUAGCAGGACUGUUGUAGGCUGAGGGGACCAUGCUGUACUUCCAGGUGGUGAUCCUGGCCGCUGCAGCCAUGCUGGCGUACUACUUUGAGUUCACCGGCACCUUCAGCCCCGCACUGCAGGGCUUCAUCUGCAGGGACCCCGGCCUCACUAAACCAGACCCCGGCCCUGAACAGGACAGCCGCCUGCAGCCCGUCAUACUGUUCUCUGUAGUGGGGGGGCUGCCUGUGGUACUGAUUUCAGGGGUUGAGCUUGUUAUCUUCCUCCUUCAUUACAACUCAGACAACCUGUACGACCAGGACAAGGUUGUUGUCAUGGGUGACUGUUGCUACGUGAACCCUAUGGUGCGCAGGACCUUCCGUUUCCUUGGUGUGUAUGUUUUUGGUCUGUUUACAACAGACAUCUUUGUCAGUGCAGGUCAACUGGUCACAGGAAGUCUUGCUCCUUACUUCCUGUCCGUCUGCAAGCCCAAUUACACUGUCCUCGGCUGCCUGGACACGGCUAAUUUUGUCAGCCAAUCAGAUGCUUGUGCUGGUGACCCUGAUGACAUCAUGAGAGCCAGGAAGACUUUCCCCUCCAAAGAGGCGGCCCUGAGUGUGUAUACAGCUGUGUACCUGGCAAUGUACGUCAUGUCCUGUGUGGGAUCCAGUGGAGGUCGUCUGAUGGGCCCCCUCCUCAGCCUCUCACUGGUCAGUGCGGCUGUGCUCACAGGCAUCAAUAGAGUGGCCGAGUACCGAAACCACUGGAGUGAUGUCAUCGCAGGACAAGCCAUCGGGGGCGCUAUCGCUGUCUUUCUGGUGGUGUUUGUGGUUCAGUAUUUUAAAAAGAGACUUGUGGUUUCUCACAGCCCCUCAGACUCAGGCACAGCUGACACCGAUGAGGCCUCACAUCAGACCAAUCACUGCAUGGACGUCAGUGACAAAUACACAGUUCCUGAGAGCCCAGGACCCUGCACAGAAGUCACAUGACUAUGACCCCCCUUCCUCCUGCCCAGGGGGAAAUGGAAGUCACCUGUUCUACGUCACACUUGGGCCUUAAUAUUUCUAAGAUGCUUGUUGCAGCAUUUAAACUAUCACUGGUUACCAUCUUAAUAUUACAUGAUAUGAUGUGAUUUUCCAUAUUGUGCUGCCAAGUUUUGUUUGUUUGUGAAUAUCUGCUUUAUUUUAUUUUCUGUUUUAGAAAAACAGGAAGAGGGAGCUUCUCUCCCAGAGUGAAAUCUGGCAGACAACAAAUCAGAUAAUCACGAUUUUGUUAUCACCCCUGACACUAGGGACAGACAGAUCCUGCUAUUUCAGAUAUAUGAUACAUUGGAGCUUUAUUUUGAAUGAUGUUGCAUGUAGCAUCUUAAUCCUGAGGUAACAAACAUAUACUUUGCAAACAAUGUCUAAUGCAGGGUUGUUAAAAAUGAGGCCCACCGGCAAAAGUUAGCCUGAUACAUGUUUUUAGCAGUAAAUAUAAUAUAAAUAGCUUUAUACACAGUUUUUUGUGAAGUAAAAUGCAUUUUCUUUAAUGUAGGAUCACUUAUUAUCAAUUAGUGUUUCACAAUCUGAGAAUCUUGGAAUUUAUGUAUCAUUUUUCAUCUAAACAAAACAAUAGGUGUCUGUUUCUGGCCCAACAUUAAGUUUCAGAUGUGGCCCUCCAAGGGGAAAGAUUUAUCACCUCUGGUUUUAUUCAGUAAAACAGUGGACUAUGAAGUCAUAUUAGUGACUAUAUACUGUCGUAAUCAAUCAAGUAAUAGGGUUAUUAAAGGGAAAAACCAUGAAAUAAAGUUAGUGAUUUCAUGUCGGUUAUAAAGGGACAAAGCAAAGUUCAACUCUUGUUCUGACAACGAGAACAUCUUUAAAACAGGAUGCUCUGCUGUCAUCUGAACAUGAUGAUGACGUAAUUUCGUAGAAACAUUUCAGACAUUUUUGGUGUUAUAAAGCUUUGUAUGUACUGUAGCUUGCAUGCAUUUAUAGUUUGUUCAAUAGUAAAAAAUGUCCUUAAUUACUUCCUUCACUUUCUUCUGCUGUGUUCCUGCACUAUGUGAUUUGUCUUCCCGUUACCACUGUUGAAUAUGCUUUAAAGGUCCCCUAUUAUACUAUUUUUCAACAGUAUUUUACAGGUCUCAGAUUUAGAACAUGUCUCUGAUUUGCUGAAACACCAAACAGAUGGUUGUCCCAUAAACCCCUCUGUUUCAGCCGUGUUCCUGAAGUGCUGAUUCUGUGUCUGUAGCUUUAAAUGCUAAUGAGCUGCUGCUGGCCACGCCCCUCUGAGAAGUGAUUAGUUAAAAAACACAAUGGUGCUCUAGGAGGAGAUUCAGGUGAUAAAGUGGACAGGGUUACCUUGGUUGGUUAUUGGCUAAUGGUUGCACAACCCUAAAAAAACAUUGUGACAUCACAAAGUGGCCAAGAUCUAAUCAACUGAUUUUCAGACAGGUUUUUAUAGAGAUGGAUCAGGAUAAAAACAGAGGGGGUCUUUGUUCCUGAAACUUUCUGAAUGUAUAAACACAGAGGGGACACGUAUUUAUGUUUAAAAGACAGGAAAAAGUGGACUUUGUAUAAUAGGGGACCUUUAAAGUACAGUGUUGUGUAUCACUCACACUCACAGGCCAGUUAAGAGAUUAUUUGUUUUGUGUGUAAUUCCUAUCCCUCUAUUCUAAAGAUUAUUUCUCAGAUGUUACUGAAUAAUGCUGGCUUCAUCAGCUAUUAUGAAGUGUUAUAUACUGUAAUGUGCUUACUUAUUUUGUCCUGGUAAAAUUAACUCUUUCUCAGAGCGGUAGUGGUAUAUGUACAGUCAUGUAUUUAGGGUCACAGUGAAGUUGUGCCAUGUAGCGAUAUUGAUUGGUUUAUAUGUAUGUAAAGCCGCAGACUUCAGCAUUAUCACUUUCUCUUGUUUUAUUAUUUAUGGACAUGCGUUUGAAUUGAAACGUUUUUGUUUUAAAUUAUUGUAUUCUAUAAACUACUGAGAACAUUUAUUCGUGUUUGAAUUCAACAGACACUGGAAUGGCUGCCAUACAUGUAGAGGUAAAGAUUUAAGAAUAAUUUGGAGUGGUCUCUUAAUUUUUUCCAGAGCUGUAUGUGAUUUCAAACAGAUUUUCUCACUUCCUAUUCCCGUAUUAUUAUAGUAUUCAGUAAAAUAAGUGUACAGUGUCAGUCCAGUGACAUCAGAUAUGUUUGUGUGAUGUUCAUGUGUAAGGAAGUUAAGGGCCCAGCUGCCCUGGCCUGUAUGCUGGAGUAAGGAGGUGUGUGUUUGUGUGUGUAGGAGGUUAAUGCAAGGACAGACCCGUGGAGGCUGAUAGGUGCAUGGAAAGGGGGUCCCGAAACUAAAAGUGGUUGGAGUAGCUACGAGAGUUUUGGCACAAAUAUUAGAAAAAAAACAGUCAACAGAAAAUCAAGCCAACUUUUUAUUUAAUAGUCUUUUAUUUUCAUCUCUAUCUCUACUGCCCUCCUUUGCUGUAACAAUACUAUAAUAAAAGAUUCUGAUUCCAA